ACGUUGCUGUGCCCAAAAGUGGGCGGGAGCAGUUCCACGGCCUUGGCUCCAUGUACUGCCGGGGGGCCGCCGCGGUCAUCCUCACCUACGACGUGAACCACCCGCAGAGCCUGGUGGAGCUGGAGGAGAGGUUCCUGGGCCUGACGGAGACGGCCAGCACCGACUGCCUCUUCGCCAUCGUGGGGAACAAGGUGGACCUCAGUGAGGAGGGGGCCUCGGAGGGCUGCAGGACGGAAGGGGACAGCCCCGGGCCAGCGGGCGGCAGUGCGCCGUCCAAGGGGCCCAAGCAGGUGCGGCUGGAGGAGGCAGUGGCUCUUUAUAAAAAGAUCCUGAAGUACAAGAUGCUGGAUGAGAAGGACAUGCCGGCCGCGGAGCAGAUGUGUUUCGAGACCAGCGCCAAGACCGGGCACAACGUGGACCUGCUGUUUGAAACCCUGUUCGACAUGGUGGUGCCCGUGAUCUUGCGGCAGAGAGCGCAGGGGCCGCCGCAGACCGUGGACAUCUCCCGUUAUAAGCCGCCCGAACGGACCAAAUCUGGGUGCUGUGCCUGACCCUCAGGGGCCCCCGGCUCCCAGUUUACACAAUUAUCAAGGAGUGUGGGCAAGCGAGCUGUGGUCAGGAGCAUAGAAACUCAAGGAAUUCCUUCGUGCACACGGAGGAGCAGAUCCGAGUGGAAAUGACAGCUUGUUGUUAAGAGAAGGUCAAUGUGAAUCGUCACCUCUGCAUCCUGUGCUGAGCGGUGGGGAGCUGCAGGAUCUGGAGACGGUUGUCCCCGGCUGAUCCUUUCCUGACACCGUGGCCUUGAUGGAGGGUGGCUUGGGUGGGUGUGCACCUGUCUGAGCACCUGUACGUCUUUCAUGCUUGUUGUUCUCAGACGGGUCUCUUCACUGUGACUUAUCUUUGGUCCUAUCAUUUGGAACUUGUAUCUGAUGCAUCACAAAGAUUCUCCACAUGUUAAUUUAUACAAAAUCAGGAAUCACUGUUUUUAUACUGGUUGUAGCAGCAUGAACGACACAUAUUAUUAAAAAGAAUUUUGAGAAGAA